UGCUCAUGCUCAGUUGCACGGUUCAGGGUGAGGAAGAGUGCAGCAGUCAAGUGAAGUGCUAUGAGUGUUCCUCCUGGUCCGAUCCACUGUGCGAUGACCCUUUUAACUUCACCCUUCCCGUUGGGAAAGGGCCACCCACAGCAGAAUGCCAAGGAUGCUGUGUGAAGCUUGUCCAGCACAUCGGGACGCCCUAUGCGUCCAUCCGGCGAACGUGCACGGAGAAAUUGCAGAUCAACCUGUUUAUGGUGGAUCACGUGUGCAUGAGGGAAAGUAGCGGCCAGGGUCACAUGUGCUUCUGUAAUGAGGACUAUUGCAACGCAGCCCCAUCCUCCUUCCGACCUUCCCUACCCUGGGCUUCUCUGCUCCUCCCAACUCUGCUGCUCAUUCAUGCUUCCCUCUUCUCCACCGUGCCUAGAUAAUAUGUGCGCUUCACGCCUCUCUUUUGUUUCGAUUCAAGAACUCCAUUUUGUUUUCAGAUUUUCUGUUGUUAACGAAUGGUCUUUGAUUUUAUUGUUAUCAAAUAUUGGAGAUUCAGUAUCUAUUCCUUCAUUUCUCUAUAUUUCCCUUUCCCUUUUAUGAUUCUUCUUCGAAUCUAAAGGUUUCGUUCUUUCCCUCUCAUGCAUUUUUUCGACUUCCUUUUCGUCA